AUGGAUGGUAAUGAGGCAACAGUGGUAUCGCUCGACACGAAACCAACGUCAAAUUGGGCUCCUUUGCCGCUUACAACAGUCGAGAUGCAAAAAGACUGUGCUAGAUUCUUCAAAUUUAGUGCAAAACAAACGCUCACCAUUGCAGAAAAGCUGUACAAUUCUGGAUUUAUUUCCUACCCCAGGACAGAGACCGACCGAUUUCCCAAAAACAUGGACUUCAAAAAAUUGAUCCAGUCGCAAACACAAUCCCAAACGUGGGGUCAUUAUGCCCAAAUGCUGUUGAACGAUGGUAGCAAAUUCAGGCAGCCGAGAGAGGGCUCGCAUGACGACAAAGCACACCCUCCCAUUCAUCCUGUUAUAUUCACGAGUGGAGAGUCACUGAAUGCAAACGAGCGCAAGCUCUACGAGUACGUAGUGCGACGGUUUCUGGGAUGUUGUUCCAAGGACGCGACAGGUUUGAGGACUAGUCUGACUCUCAAAUGGGGGACAGAAACAUUCACGACUUCUGGACUCAUUGUCAAGGAGCUCAAUUAUUUGGAAGUGUAUAUCUACAAUUCGUGGGAGUCUUCCAAGUCCAAGAUUCCAGAAGUUCAGGCCGGGGAGAAGGUGACUCUAACCUCUGCACAGUUAUCCACCGGAAAAACAUCACCUCCGAGCCCUCUCACCGAGCCCGAGCUCAUUGCAUUGAUGGAUAUUAACGGAAUCGGCACCGACGCGACUAUCGCAGAGCAUAUUGAAAAAAUCAUAGAGCGCUCAUAUGUCACCAAAGAGGAUCAGGGCCGCGGAAAAUCAAAGUCCAAGGUUCUUAUUCCAACGGAGCUCGGCUACGCCCUGGCAGAAGGGUUUGGCCAGAUCGGCUUCGAUAGCAUACCAGGUGCUCCAUGA